GCUGGCUGCGGCGGGCCGAAGUUUUUCCACGGUCCGAGGGCGUGACUUCACGUGACAUCAGCCUGGGACUCUCGCGGAUUGUCCCUGCUGCUCAUAGGCAAGAGUCAGCUCCAGCUGGAGACUCGUCUAAGGGGACGAACCAGAACGUGGCGAAGGAUGCGAAGAACCUUGGGAAGGCAGCCUGAACCCAGCGCAGGAGCUUCGAACCGAUGGUUCUUCUCAAAGUUUAAUCAUGUUUGGCUGGGACUAUUGGGCCAGCCAUGCGUCUGGCGUAUGGCCGAGUCUCCUUUUCUUACUUAUUAAAUGAGAACGAGGAGACUCGGCUGGGUUGAUAGGGAUGAUGAGCUUGCUGCUGCUGCUGCUGCUGUUGUCCAUCAGACAGAGAUGAGCUCCGACUCAGAGACGAUGUCGAACCGGGGCCCUGCGCUGGCCCAGGGCAUGUGGGCGGCGAUGGCGGUUGCGGUCGUGAUCGUCGCCCUGCGGGUGGUUGCGAAGAUCAAGAUUCAUCACUUUCGGGUGGACGACAUGCUGAUGGUAUUGGCUCUGGCCCUGUCGAUUGCAUCUACCGUCUUCCUGUGGCUCUCGGUCCAAGAUGGCUUUGGACAAGAUCUGGCGACGCUGUCUCUACACAAGCUGGAACUGGUUUUGAGAGCCAUUGCCAUCCAGGUGCCGCUGAUCACCUUCAGCACAACCAUCGCGCGGUCGGCGUUUAUCCUCUAUCUGCUCGGCAUCCUGGGUUCCAACCGUGCCUACCAAGUAGCUCUGUGGGGGUCGCUGAUACUGCAGCUCGCCUGCAACAUCGUGUCUGGAAUCCUCCCGCUGAGCAUCUGCAAGGAUGUUCGGGCGUUGUGGGAUCCGACCGUGGCGGCAGCGACAACCUGCGGCAAUACGGCCGACGUGAUCAAGUUCUCCUACUUUUCUUCCUCCAUCAAUUCCGCCACAGAUCUAUUUCUAGCGGUGUUCCCCACCGUUGUCUUCUGGAAUCUGAACCUGAAGCUCAGUAUCAAGCUCAGUUUGAUCACUCUCAUGAGCCUGGGCAUACUGGCGAUGGUUGCAUCGAUCAUCAAGACCACCAAGCUCAAGUCGGUCCCCAGCGUCACCAACCUUGGCGCCGGCGGGGGUGUCGAGCUGAUCCGCUGGGGCUACACGGAGAAUGUCAUCAUCAUCAUCACCUCUUCGGUCCCCUGCAUCCGCCCGCUGAUCAUGUCCUCGGUGCGCAAGUUUUCCAGUGCCGCCCGCUCACGAUCGUACGAGCUCACCGCCCCUUUCACGGGCAACAAGGCCACCACACGCAAUGCGACCGUCCAGUCGCGCACCCACGAGCGGUACGGCAUGGGCAGCAUGAGCCGAAGUACCGAAACUGGCAGCAUCGAGCGCAUCCUAGGCCAAGACCACUACCUCGAUUCCGAGGCGGGUAUCACCAAGCAGGUGGAGAUCUCGGUGAUCUCGUCGGGCGAUCCUUCUAUGCGGUGAUGGGAGCUUUAUAAGACUUACUUACGUUCUCUGUAACAUAUUAGAUAGACCUUUAGAAGUUUAGAAGUUACAAUACUAGAGGAACAGAAUAUUCACUUGC